CCCCGUGAGCCCGGAGCCAGAGCGGGGCUCCGCGCCCGGCGCCGGCGGGAGGCGCCUCCAGGACUAGAAUAUGGAUUUAGGAUUCAAAGACCAUAACAACAGGACACCUACCAAGAACACCUCUGCUGCUACAAGGAGUUUUUCUGCCUGGGAGGAUUAUAAGAGUAGUGUUGAUGACAUACAGUACUUUCUCAUUGGGCUGUACACAUUUAUAAGUCUGGCUGGCUUUAUGGGAAAUCUGUUCAUACUCAUGGCUCUGAUGAAACACAAGCAGAAGACAACAAUAAACAUUCUUAUUGGUAACUUGGCCUUUUCUGACAUCUUAGUUGUGCUGUUUUGUUCGCCUUUCACACUGACAUCUGUCCUGCUUGACCAAUGGAUGUUUGGCACUCUGAUGUGCCACGUCAUGCCCUUCCUCCAGUGUGCAUCUGUUCUAGUCUCCACUUUAAUGUUAAUGUCUAUCGCUGUAGUCAGAUACCGUAUGAUAAAACAUCCCCUUUCUAGCAAUUUAACAGCAAAACAAGGCUAUGUCUUAAUAGCAACCAUUUGGGCCCUUGGCUGUGCCAUUUGCUCCCCUCUGCCAAUUUUCCACAAAGUCGUAGAUCUCAGCGAAACUCUGAAUUUGGAGGCACUGGUGGGCAGGUUUUUGUGCAUUGAGUCAUGGCCUUCUGAUUCCUACAGGAUUGCCUUUACAAUAUCCUUGUUAUUCAUGCAAUACAUAUUGCCUUUGGUGUGUUUAACUGCUAGCCAUACCAGUGUCUGCCGGAGCAUAGGUUCCAGGCUGUCGAACGCGGAAAACAAAUUUGAAGAAAAUGAGAUGAUAAACCUAACCUUUCAUCCAUCUAAGAGCACUGGCACUCAGGUGCAGCCCUCCAGCCGUUCCAGAUGGAGCUAUGCAUUUGUCAGAAAGCACCACAGAAGAUACAGCAAAAAGACUUCCAGUGUGAUGCCAGCUAUUUUAAGGCAUCAUCAGGAUGCUAAUUUCAGAGAACUCCCAGAAAGCUCUUGCACACAAAAAAGCCAGCUCUCUUCAUCCAGUAAGUGCAUCCCAGGGGUACCUAUCUGUUUUGAGAUGAAACCAAAAGAAAACACAGAGAUCCAGGACAUGAUUACAGUAUCCCGAUCCAUCAUCAGAAUUAAGGCAAGAUCUAGGAGAGUUUUCUGCAGACUGACAGUGUUGAUCCUAGUUUUUGCCUUCAGUUGGAUGCCUCUUCACCUUUUCCACAUUGUAACAGAUUUCAAUGCCAAUCUCAUUUCUAACAGACAUUUUAAAUUAGUAUAUUGUAUAUGUCAUUUACUAGGUAUGAUGUCCUGCUGCUUGAAUCCCAUCUUAUAUGGGUUUCUAAACAACAGCAUAAAAGCUGAUUUAUUGUCCCUUAUUCCAUGCAGCCAAAUACCAUGAUUUUAUGAGCCUCAGUAAAAAAACAAACAAACAAACAAAAAAGGUUAGGUUUUCAAGUAUGAAAACAUGUAUAGCUUUACAAACCAAAUACAUUAAGUUUAGUAAGUCUGACUUGGUUGUGAUUAGUAGCAUCUCAAGUGAAUGGUUAGUUCUAAGGUUGCAUGUAUGUCUUGCAUUGAGCAGAAAUAUGUAUUUAUAUUGUAAUCUUCUUCUAUCUGUUCUCCAUAAGAAAUCAUGCCCAGUGUACAAAACUGGAAUACCAUUUUCAUUGCCUCAAAUAUUGUUGAUCUGUACUUUGGAAAUAUAAAGAAUGUAUAAUGAGUAGCAAAUGUAAGACUAAUUCAGACAUAUCAGUAAUAACUGUUGUAAGAAUAUAAUAAAAUAUGUAUCUUUCACUAAGUAACUAUUGUUCAGACUAUUUCAGUGCCAAUUUUGACUGUUUUAUAAAAUAAAAUAAAAUGUUUGU